GUCAAAGUAUGCGAUGGUUGCGGAAGAGCACAGGAUGACUAUUAUGGGGUGCAGACUCCAGAGUUCGAAGGUCAUCACGGAGAUUGAGUGCAAAUGGAGGUGCGCUGGGCCGUCUUGCAUAUAGCUGAAGGAUUUCCACGGAGGCCACGGCACGAGCCUGGCUGCCCCUUUUCCUGGCCAGUGCAACUCCCGUCCAGGUUAGCUUUAGGAAGGCACGAAGGUUAUCCAAGUUGCCAGAGUCGGGAUCUGAUUACGUUGGGGCACCAACGUUUUGAGGCUCACAACGCCAGAGACUCCCUGGAGCCAGUCACAAGAUUUCAAUCCCUGCGCCGCCUGCUUGCUCAGUGGGACAAGGACAAGGACGAGGCGGUACCUCACCGGUCGGACAGCAUGCGGGAACGUAUUUCCCUGUCUAUCACAACUACGAUUCUCCAACGGCGAAUCCAGCUGGACGGGGAGCCUUGGCGAUGGGAGGGAGAGACAGCAAAUGAUCAGGCUGCUGAGACAGGCUGCGCCGCAUGCGCCACAAUGACCCCCCGCAGCAAUUCAACGACUCCUCGGGUUGAAGUAUAUCUUUCUGCUCCAGCCUCGAUUGUUCCAAGCCUAGCGUUCUUCUGCUUUGUUUCUAUCGCACACACUCAACUUUGCUUAGUUUCACGCCUUAGUUGUAUUUGUUCGCUCCCCUUUCUAGGCUGUUAAAGAUGGCAAGGAGCCCUGAAGAGAAGAGUACUUCAAUGCAAGAGAAGGACCGUCAGGCCGCGCUAACUCGUCGGGGUCGCAGUGGAAGGUCUCGACCGAGACGUGGCGAUCGAAUCUGUGCAAGGUGUCGCUCCCUCGACUUCCCUCGGAUCUUUGAGAGGAGAAGUAAAAAGAUGUCCAGCCUGAAGCUUUGGGAAGCAACUGUUCACCCGCUAGGUGCUGUUCGAAAGAAAGCACAGGACGGCGGGGCAGACGUGUGUGCUCAAAGCGUUCUCUGCCCUCCAGCAUCAUUUUAGGCGCUCGCACAGGAGGAAAGAUAUACACGAUACAACCAUUCUUUCACUGGGUUCUCCCGGCUC